AUGAGAUUACUAAAUGGUUUAUUAUUUGAGGGCCGCAUUUUAUUUACUGAUGGUUAUUAUACGAGUGUUCCUUUGGGUGAAGAACUAUUACAAAAUAAUACAUUUAUUUGUGGUACUGUAAAAAUAAACAAAAAAUUUCUACCACCGCAGGCAAAACAAAAACAAAAACGUGGUGAAUUGAUGCAUUUCGAAAAUCGUAGCGGUGUAAAAUUUCUGAAAUGGACUGACAAAAGACCAGUUUGCAUGUUAACUACCUCAAAGAAUCACCGGUGUAAAUUUGUGGCAGGAACAAAUGGCAAAGUAAAACCCGAUGCUGUGUUUGAUUAUAAUAUUGCAAAAAAAGGUGUUGAUUUAUCAGAUCAACUAUCGGGUUAUUACAGUUGUUUGAGAAAAACCAUUAAAUGGUACAGAAAAGUUAUAAUACAAUUAAUAUGCGGAACCUCCCUCGUGAAUGCGUGGGAAGUUAUUAUCGAUCACCUUUUGGCUGAAGAACAAAUAUACUGUCCUAUACCGUCACAUAAACAUGUUCUUCAAUCAUAUGAGGGAUCUGCAAGAGAGUCACGUAAACGCUGCAAGGAAUGCUAUAAAAAAUUGUCCGAGAAAAAGGGCAGAGAUUAUGCCACUAACAAAACUACAAGAGUUAAGACUUAUUGUGGCCAGUGCAAGGGCCAGCCAGCAUUAUGCUUGAAAUGUUUCAACAAAUUACAUAAAAAACAAUAA